CCACACCAUAUAGAGCCCACCUCCGUCAUGUCAACGCAACCCCACACCCUGCAUUCAGCAUUCUUGGUUCAGUUCCAAGAAACAGAAAUACUUAUGUUGAGCGCCACACAAGAACAACCAUAUCCAUAUUUAUAUCGUUUGGCAGCUGUAUAUAUUUAUUACUCACUCCAAAAAUUAAGCACCAUUCUUCUUGAAGGCCAAUGAUAUUAUUACGUGGUUCAUUCUUGAACGCCUCAAUUCAUUCUUUCCCGCCUAAAUCUGCAACAGAUUUUCCAAAGUAUUUUUGCGGUCAAUUGGGAUCAGCUGCUUUCACUACUUCUGCAAGUUUUCCGGUUGUCGAUGAAGAAGAUGAAGGGAGUCCGAAAACUCACGUGUCCAAAGGGGUUAAUAAUUCUGCCCAAAUUUAUGCUAAUCAUCAGACCUACUGUUGGCUCUUAGAAGGAUAUCUGAGUUCUGGGUCUCUCACAGAUGCUAAGAAGCUUCAUGGGAGGAUCUUGAAGUCGGGUUUCGAUAGCGAUAACGCCAUUUGCAGUAGGCUUGCUGAGGUUUAUGUUGCACACGGUGAUUUAACUUAUGCAUGCCAGGUGCUCGAUGAAAUGCCUGACAGAGAUUUAUCCUUCUGGAAUAACUUAAUUUUCGGUUUGAUCAAAAAGAGGUUACCGACUAUGGUGUUGGGCCUGUUUUCGAAAAUGUUGGCGAAGAAUGUCAACCCGGAUGAAGUAACAUUUGCAAAUGUUUUACGUGCUUUUAGCGGAGAUAGGAUUGACCUUCAUAAUCUAAAGCAGAUCCACACGAAAAUCGUUCGUCAUGGUUUUGGUACAAACUAUAUUGUGUGUAACCCGUUGAUUGAUUUAUACGCGAAAAAGGGGUAUAUAGAGACCGCAAAACACGUGUUUCAAGGCUUGACUAUGAGAGAUAAUGUCACUUGGGUUGCUAUGAUCUCCGGAUUAUCUCAAAACGGACAUGAAGAAGAAAGCAUUUUAUUAUUUUUUAAAAUGCACGUUUCCGGUAUUUUACCGACUCCUUACGUGUUCUCGAGUAUCAUAAGUUCAUGUACAAAAAUUUCGUUUUUUGAGCUAGGACAACAGUUGCAUGCCCUUAUUCAUAAAUGGGGAUUUUCAUCGGAAACUUUCGUGUGCAACGCGCUUGUCACGUUGUAUUCCCGUUGUGGCGAUUUAGUUUCUGCAGAACAAAUAUUUAGUAAAAUGGAAUAUCGGGAUGGAGUAUCAUACAACACGCUUAUCUCGGGUCUUGCUCAAAAAGGAUUAAGCGAGAAAGCCUUACAGUUAUACGAAAAUAUGCAAUCCGAUAUACUAAAACCGGAUUCUGUCACGGUUGCUAGCCUCUUAAGUGCUUGUGCGUCGAUCGGGGCCUUUAGUAAAGGAUUACAACUGCAUUCUUACGCAAUAAAGGCAGGAAUGUGUGCGGAUAUUAUCAUAGAAGGCUCUUUACUUGACCUUUAUGUAAAAUGUUCGGACGUCAAAACCGCUCAUGAUUUCUUCCUUACAACCGAAACCGAAAAUGUGGUUUUAUGGAAUGUGAUGUUGGUGGCGUAUGGACAGUUAGGGGAUCUACAUGAAUCCGUAAAUAUUUUCUCGCAAAUGCAGAUUAACGGGUUGACGCCUAAUCAGUACACUUAUCCUAGCAUACUAAGAACAUGUACGCAAAUUGGUGCGUUAGAUCUUGGUGAGCAGAUCCAUACGCAAGUCGUUAAAACGGGAUUUCAGUUAAACGUGUAUGUUUGCAGUGUGCUUAUUGAUAUGUACUCUAAGCAUGGAGAUUUGCACACCGCACAGAAGAUUCUUAACCGUCUUAACGAGAAAGAUGUUGUUUCGUGGACCGCUAUGAUAGCGGGAUAUGCGCAACAUGAUUUAUUUAACGAAGCUCUUAAAACAUUUGAGGAGAUGCUACAUAGAGGAAUCCAGUCGGAUAAUAUCGGAUUUUCAAGUGCGAUAAGCGCGUGCGCGGGAAUUCAAGCGAUUCAUCAAGGCCGUCAAAUUCACGGUCAAUCGGUUGUUUGUGGGUAUUCAUCUGAUCUUUCAAUCGGAAACGCACUUGUUUGUCUUUACGCUAGAUGUGGUUUAAUAACCGAAGCGUAUUUAGCAUUUGAAAAAAUUCAUUUAAAAGAUAACGUCUCGUGGAACGCAUUGGUUUCGGGAUUUGCACAAAGCAGAAACUAUGAGGAGUCACUGAAAGUGUUCUCGAAAAUGAACGAAUUUGGUGUCGAAGCGAAUAUGUUUACUUACGGGUCUGCGGUUAGUGCGGCUGCAAAUACAACAAACAUAACACAAGGCAAGCAGAUACACGGAAGAAUGAUAAAAACGGGUUAUAAUUUGGAACCCGAGGCAUCUAACGUUCUCAUAACUUUAUAUUCGAAAUGCGGGAGUCUUGACGAUGCGAAAAGUGAGUUUCUUGAAAUGAAUGAUAAGAACGAAAUUUCAUGGAAUGCGAUGAUUACGGGAUAUUCGCAACACGGGUGCGGAGACGAAGCGAUAAAACUCUUUGAGGAAAUGAAACGGUUCGGUUAUACACCAAAUUACGUGACUUUUGUGGGUGUUUUAACCGCUUGUAGUCAUGUACGGUUAGUAGACAAAGGUCUUGAAUACUUCAAAUCCAUGAGUCAAGAUUACAGUCUAGUCCCACGAGCCGAACAUUACGCAUGUGUUGUUGACAUUCUUGGACGGGCCGGGCUUUUGACCCGUGCGCUUGAAUUUAUAAAGUCAAUGCCGAUCGAACCAGACUCGAUGGUCUGGAGGACGCUUUUGAGUGCAUGUAUAGUUCAUAAAAAUAAAGAAGUUGGAGAAAUUUCAGCAAAACACCUUCUUGAAUUAGAACCCGAAGAUUCAGCCACUUAUGUUUUAUUAUCAAAUAUGUACGCGAUAAAUGGAAAAUGGGACGAUAGAAACCGAACAAGAAAGUUGAUGAAAGAUAGAGGUGUAAAGAAAGUUCCAGGUCGUAGCUGGAUCGAAAUUAAGAACACCAUUCAUGCGUUUUUUGUCGGUGAUCGUCUUCAUCCGUUAGCAGAUGAAAUUUAUGAUUAUUUAGACGUUAUUAACAAACGGGCUGCUGAAAUUGGGUAUGUGCAAGAUCGUUACAGUCUUUUAAACGAUCUCGAGCAAGAACAGAAGGAGCCGUCUACUUGCAUACACAGUGAGAAACUAGCUAUUACGUUUGGACUUUUGAGUUUGUCGAAUAAUAUUCCGUUGCGUGUGAUGAAGAAUCUUCGCGUGUGCAAUGAUUGCCAUAAUUGGAUAAAGUUUGUGUCAAAGAUUUGUAAUAGAGAUAUUAUAGUUAGAGACUCGUAUCGGUUUCAUCAUUUUGGAGGGGGCGUUUGUUCCUGCAAAGACCAUUGGUGAUUUUGAUGAGCUCUUGUUAUGAUUAUAUUGUAAUUUGAGUUAUGUACCAGAGGAUGUUGACCAGUGAAGGUGCAUCAAAAUUUAAUAAAUAUCAAGAACAUACAAGUUUUUAAA